AUGUGCCAGUUCCUAAUGGCCUUCGAAUUGGAUGGAUGGAUGGCCAGCGGUCAAGGGUCGACCGCGAGAGACUUUCAAGAAGUUUUUUGCUCUUUGAAAACGUUUCCGAAGAAGAUGACGUUAAAGAAGGAGACAACUAGUUCGCACAUUAAUAUGGAAAUGUAGGUGUCAACUUUUUGCAACUUUUUCCUAAACUUGGCAGCUCUCGUGAUUUUCAGAGCGACUCGCCAACAAUUUGAACCAUUUUUCGAAAAAAAACUCACUUAUGGAGUGGAACAUCCAUCGGAAACUUUGAACAUGAGCAAAAUUUUAUUCGAUUUACUGACUAUGACCAAGGAUUGA